UAUCAGGAGAAUUACAGCUAAGGCUCUGUGUAUUCAGCUGAAUGAAUCUUUCUGCUCCUACUUUUCCCCCAUACAACAUGGCAUUGCUACACGUGGUGGGGCAGAGUUAUUGAUACACCACAUUUCGUUUCUCAUGGAGAGCAAUCCCGACUGUUCAGUUCUCUCUACGGAUGUAAAAAACGCCUUUAACUCGGUAUCAAGGGAUAGCAUACUCAAAGAAUCAAAGAAGAACUUUCCUGAAAUCUAUGCCCAUGUGAGACAAAUGUAUGAUAGACCAAGUACUUUGAUAUAUGUCAACGGUCAGGGGACGGUGAAAUUGCAGUCAGAAGAAGGUGUCCAUCAGGGUGACCCCCUUGGACCAGUUUUGUUCUCGGCAGCAUUACACCCCAUUGUAACAGUUAUUCAGAAUAACCACCCGGGCAUUACGCUUUUGGCAUAUCUGGAUGAUGUCUAUGUUCUGGGACCACCAAAAGAUGCUUUAGCAGUUCUUUUGGAUUUGAAGGCAUCCCUUUCUGAGAUCGGUCUAGAAAUCAAAGAUGAAAAAUGCAAAUUGUAUUUUCCCACUGCUCCUGAUAAUUUCAGCGCUGGUGUCCCAGUUAGCAAAGAUGGAAUCGACGUGUUGGGGUCACCUGUAGGCAAUCAUGAUUAUGUUCAGUCUAGGUGCCUGGCUGUGGCUAACAUGGGCAGCUCGUUGUGUUCAAAGCUACUUGAACUUGACGACCCUCAGUGUGGCCUCCUUUUGCUCAGACAUUGUCAUGUCCCCAGGCUGAAUUUUUUGGCUAGGACUGUGCCACCUGACAGGUUACUGCAUGCAGCUGUUUGUCAUGACCACCUUACAAGGGCUACUUUCACUGACAUGGUUGGUUUGAACGAAUUGGAUGACACCGGAUGGAGCCAGGCCACUCUGAAGGUCGGGUUCGGCGGAUUUGGCUUAUCAUCAACUCAGAAGAUGGCUCACCUAGCAUUUCUGGCGUCAUGGGCACACUCUUUGAAAGAACUGCCAUUGAGAUUUCCACCUCUGAAAGAUCGUUUAGAACGGUUUAUUGAAGGUAGCAAUACAGGACAACUUAUUCGUACAUUGGUGGCAAAACUACCACCCAAGUCGGGUGCAGAUGAUGACGAGCAGUUUCACACCUUAGAGCAGAUGACAGAAUACCCUAGAAAAUUGCAACAUCGCCUGACGGUAGACGCUUCUCAUAAACGAUCAGAAGAAGUUAUCAAAAGCAUGAACUCAGAGAGACAUGUUGCAAGGAUCAGGUCCUUACACGGAAAAGGAGCUGGAGCAUGGCUAGAGGUAAUACCAACUUCAGACAAGAACGCACUGAAGCCGAAUGAAUUUCGUGUAGCGUCUUGUAUGAGGUUGGGUGCUGGUUUGCCUUUCAGCCGGCUGCUUAAGACGUGUGACUGUGGAACUGAGCUGGAUCGCGAGGGCUACCACCUUUUGACAUGUAAAUAUGGAGGUGGACCUGUGUGGACGCAUAACUCCAUAGUGUCUGCAUGGAGUGAUUGCCUAAGCGAUUUACUCAUUCCCCAUCAAAUAGAACCGAGACAGCGAUUUGUAGACAACGAAAACCGGCCUGACAUCACGCUUUACGACACUGACACUGGGAUCACAAAAGAAUGUGAUGUUUCGAUAGCUCACCCUUGGAGCAAAGACAUUAUUAAAGGUGCAGCCAGAGAAGGUGGCCAUGCAGCAGCUAAACGAGAGGCAGCAAAGUCAAAAAAAUACUCAGAGGAAUCGCUUGCGGAUGGAUCGAAGCCUAUAGUUGUCCCACUCGUCUUUGAACACUUCGGCAGGUGGGGCUUAAAGGCUGACGAGCUGAUGAAUGAACUGGGGAAGAAGGCGAGAGGCUUUGAUGGAAGAAGAAUUGCGGUAGAGUUUAAAACCUUCUGGAGGAAAAGACUGUCUAUUACUCUUCAAAAAUGCAACAGCAGAGUGAUUUUGCGGAAGCUGUCAAGGCUUUCUGUGCGCUCAUUAGGAGAUGACAGUGUUUUGGGAGUAGAUAGAGACAUUCAGUGUUUUACUCAUUAGCAAUAGUCUCGGACUACAAGUAGAACAUUUCAUUUUAACAAUAACUGUUUGUAGUAGUGAAGAUUGUUGACAAUAAACUUGAUUCUGUCUGUCUGUCUGUCUGUCUGUCUGUCUCAUGGAAUCUAUGUUACAUGUAUGUCUGUUAAUCUGUUAAUUUGUCUGUCUGUCUGUCUGUCUGUCUGCCUCAUGGAAUCUAUGUUACAUGUAUGUCUGUUAUUCUGUUAAUUUGUCUGUCUGUCUGUCUGUCUCAUGGAAUAUAUAAGCACAUAUUUCUUUGCAGUUACAUGCAGUUGUAUAAGAUCAAUGCAUUUGAUCCUAUGGACCUUAAUUAAUUCUCAGCAUCAAUCCCAUACAAUUACAACAUCAAAAUUUGUGUUACCUGUGAAGUUUGCUUGCUUGUCUUUCUGUCUGUCUGUCUGUCUGUCUGUCUCAAGGAAUAAGCACAAAUUUCAAUGCAGUCACAUGCAGUUGUAUAAGAUUGAUGCAUUUGAUCCUAAGGACCUUAAGUCUCUCCAUCAAUCCCAUACAAAUUCCAGCAUCAAAAUUUGUGUGUAUUGCCUGUGGAGCUUGCUUGCCUGUCUGUCUGUCUGUCUGUCCGUCUGUCCGUCUGUCUGUCUGUCUGUCUGUCUGUCUGUCACUGUUUGUCUGCUACUGUCUCUCGGCUGUGACUCUUUCCCUGUCUGCCUGCCUGCAAUAAGUGCACACUCCCGUGCUACAUUUUGCAAGAGAUUAGUACAGAAGCUGGCCUAUUCGAUUCCCUAUACCUACUUUGGAACUAGUAUGAUGAAUGGGUCAUCAUUCUGCAUCAAUCCCAUACAAAUUACAGCAUCAGCAUUGUGCUUAUUCUUGUGCUUGUUUCCCUGCUUUCCUGUCUGCCUGCCUGCCGGUCCCACAUGGAAUGUAUACACUAUUCCCGAGUUAUUUGGGUAUUUAUGAGAUACAGGAGAUACAGGAAGCUUUUCCAUUCGAUCUCUCAUACCUCAUAUGGAAAUAGCUUGGGGAAUUGGUCAUCUUCUUGCAUCAUCCCAUGCAAAUUUAAGCAUCAAAAAGUUGUGCUUUUUCCUUUGCUUGUUUGCUUGCAUGGCAGUCUGUUGUCAGUCACUGUCUCUGAGCUGUGCUCUAGCUGUCCCUAUCCCUGACUGUUACUAUUGCAUGGUCUGUCUGUCUCUAUAUCUGUCUGCCAGUGCGUCCUCACUUAAAUAAAUACUGUUUUAUCUGCCCGUAUCAUUGCCUAGCUGUUUCAAAUGGAAUAAGCACAAAUCUCCGUCCUGGAAUUUUAUGUGACCCAUUUCACAUACUAUCUUAUUUGGGAUUAGUAUAUGAAGACUGGGCAAACUUCCUGCAUUAAUUAAUAUUGUACACAAAUUCCAGUAUAUGAAUUUGUGCACACUAUCUGCCUGUCUGUCUUUCUGUUUCAUGGCUAUAUCUGUUUGAUGUUUCUCUUCGUCUUUAGUAGUAUGCUUUCCUGAUACGUUGUAUGCAUACUAUGAUAGGUCUAAUAGAUGACUUU